GCACGUGCUUCAACAGUAAUAUGGCGUUCGCGUUCUUUGUCUCUGCUGUCUUGCUGCUUAGCGGUGCUACCGCAGCCAAUUUUGACGAGGAAGAAGGUGUUCUCGUAUUGACGGACGCCAACUUUGAAGAGGCUAUCGCAACCCACCAUCACAUUCUCGUAGAAUUCUAUGCUCCAUGGUGUGGCCACUGCAAAGCUUUAGCACCUGAAUACGCUAAAGCAGCACAGUCUCUCAUUGACUCCGCUUCUGACAUUCGUUUGGCUAAAGUCGAUUCUACCGUGCAGUCUAAAGUGAGUGAGCAAUUCGAAGUACGUGGUUAUCCCACAAUCAAGUUUUUCCGUGGAGGAAAACCUCAAGAAUAUACGGGUGGUCGCACAGGAGAAGAAAUAGUUACAUGGUUGAAGAAGAAAACAGGACCACCGACCAAAGAUCUAACAUCCCCCGAGGCAGCGAAAGGGUUCAUUGAUUCUUUAGAAGUUGCCGUUGUUGGAUUCUUUUCUGAUCUCGAGUCUGCUGAGGCGAAGGCGUAUAUUGAAGCUGCUGCUGGAGAUGAUGAGCUGGAGUUUGGUAUUGCAAAUGAUGCUGCUGUGCUGGAUGCAUACAAUGUGCAGAGCCCGACUGUGUCUGUUUUCAAGAAGUUUGAUGAUCCAGUUGUCAAUUUUGAUGGUGAUCUCACAAACCCAGAGGCUAUUCUCAAAUUUGCCAAGGAGAAUUCUCUUCCAUUGGUCAAUGAAUUCUCUGACAAGACAGCUCCUCGCAUCUUUGGUGGUGACAUCAAGAGUCACAUAUUAUUGUUUGUCAGGAAAUCUGAUGAAAACUUCCAAACAUUCUAUGAUGCCUUUGCUGCAACUGCAAAAGAUUUUAAAGGCAAACUACUUUUUGUCCUCGUCGAUGUUGACGUAGAAGAGAAUGCUCGCAUUCUUGAAUUUUUUGGGAUGAAAGAAAGUGAUGUACCAGCUGUUCGUCUGAUUUUCCUUGGAGAAGAGAUGAAGAAAUAUCAGCCGCCUAACUCUGAUCUGACUGCAGAGUCAUUCAAACAAUUCGUACAAAGCUAUCUCGAUGGCAAAUUGCAGCCCCACUUGAUGAGUGAUGAAAUUCCUGAAGACUGGGAUAAAAAUCCCGUCAAGGUACUAGUUGGAAAGAAUUUUGGAGAAAUUGCAUUUGACAAAUCAAAGAAUGUUUUGGUUGAAUUCUAUGCUCCAUGGUGUGGACACUGCAAGCAGCUGGCUCCCAUUUGGGAUGAACUUGGUGAAAAAUAUAAAGAUCAUGAGAAUAUAGUAAUUGCCAAAAUGGAUGCGACAACCAACGAAGUAGAGCGAGUUCAAGUUCAAAGUUUCCCGACUAUCAAGUUCUUUCCGGCUGGAAGCAAUGAUGUAAUGGACUAUGAAGGUGGACGAACAGUGGCCGACUUUUCUACUUUCUUGGAUUCUGGAGGGAAAACUGUGCCACCUGGAGAUGAACCACCUCCAGAUUAUGAUGAAGGGGAUGAGGAUGAUGAUGUCGAUCAACCUAAAGACGAGCUGUAGUUGUUAGUGCAGUAGAAUGUGGCUGGUAAAUGGUCACCUUGCUAGUGUCUUGUUUGAACCACCUGGUGAAAGCUGUCUAUAUACAAAAUAUAGACAUUUUAUUUGCCCGGA